UUCCACCCGACAGCCCCCAAGUCCUACCAUCAAGCCCAUGCAGCUCAUUUUGUCGCAGCACACGCCCAACUCCUCCCAACAAAAGCUCGUCACUACGUCGCCAUUAAAUGCGAUCUCGGCCGUCCGCUUGUCUUGUUUAAUGCUGGGUCUCCCACUGUUAAAGUCUAUAGUCUGAGAUUGCAUUUAUUGCUUGACGUCGGUUUUCCGGCUCCGGGGGUCUUCGUGCUUCUGGAUUCAGCUCACGGUUCGCUGAAUUUCGUGACCAGUGGAGGUCUACUGGACGGAGAGGAUUUAAAGCAAAUGUAGCGCGUUUGAUGUAAGAUAGAUGUCCUUCCCAUAUUGUCGUUAACAGCUGUACACUUGAGUAUUUAUCGCAAGCAAGCUUUCUUCGACUGGUCGGCACUCUGGGGUUUGAGUGACUUGGUCGCGAUCGAUCGCGCUUAGGAGUCGGUUUUUGUCUGUAGCUGGUUUCGACUACUUAUGUAGAAACCGGAGAUUGAUGAUAAUUUGAAGCAAAAACCUGCUCAACGAGGGAGUCCAUUGUUGUGGAAUUUGUGGAACUUGCCUUACCGAGUAUAACUCUACCCAUUGUUGUGUUGCCGACCUGUUCUCUCAUUUAUGUUUGUAGAGUUGAUCAGAUUCUAGAGCUGGACCUUGCAAUGACAGAUUAGCACGGUUGUGAGCGAUCUCUCUUCAGCAGAGAUUCACAUUUGUAACCGACUUCGGACACCAUGAGUCGCCAACUUUCUACCGACGCUUUCCAGUUCAAACUGCAAUCCUACAGUCCGAGCCGUUUCCUGACGACGCCCAAGGGUCGUAGGAUGAUGAAGACGGUGAAUACCUUCAAGGUUACCAUUCUGUGCGGGUUGAUCACCAUUCUGGUGUUGCGAGGGACCAUGCAGGCCGGACCUACCCUGCCAGACAGCAUCACUGAUUCCGAGGUGGAACGUGUGCGUGUGAGGUCCUCCGCAAGGGCGCGAAUGCUGGCCCAGGUUGAAGAAGGUGAUAGCAGCAGCUCUGGCGGUGAGGAAGCAUUGACUUCUCGUAAAUCUGUGCAGCACGAGAAGUGGGAUCCCAAGACACCUUACACUCUAGGCCCAAAAAUCUCUGACUGGGACGCGCAACGGAAGUUUUGGAACACGAUGAAUCCUGGGAUGAAUAAGACUCGCACUGGCAAGCCCAAGUUGCUGCUGGUCUCGGGAUCGCAGCCUGGGCCUUGCGGCAAUCCCAUGGGCGACUUCUACUAUUUGAAGUUCUUGAAGAACAGGAUUGACUACGCCCGUAUCCAUGGUCUCGAGAUUUUUUACAACAUGGCCAUGUUUGACAACGACAUGACCUCGUUUUGGGCCAAGCUUCCGCUGCUGCGAAAGCUGAUGGUGAAUCACCCCGACGUGGAGUGGAUAUGGUGGAUGGACAGUGACGCUGUCUUCACAGACAUGACCUUCGAGAUGCCCAUGCACAAGUAUGAGGGGAAGAAUCUAGUCGUCCACGGGUUUCAUAAUCUCUUGUACGAAGAGCAACGGUGGAUUGCUUUGAACACUGGGAGCUUCCUCAUCAGGAACUGUCAGUGGUCUUUAGAUUUGCUCGAUGCGUGGGCGCCGUUUGGACCCGAAGGAGAAACCAGGGUUAAAGCAGGGAAAAUGCUGACGGCGAAGUUGGUUGAUCGUCCCGAUUUCGAAGCCGACGACCAGUCCGCCCUUGUCUAUCUCCUGCUCUUCGAUGAUCCGAAAUGGAAGCUGAAGACGCACAUUGAAUGGGAGUUCUAUCUCCACGGUUACUGGAAGUACUUAGUUUACAAAUACGAGGAUUUGAUGAGUAAGAGCCGGCCAGGGUUCGGGGACGACCGGUGGCCCUUGGUGACGCACUUCGUAGGAUGCAAACCCUGCCAGGAAGCUGUGACUACCAAAUUGGACGAGUGUCUCGCACAGAUGGAGCGAGCUUUCAAUUUUGCAGAUAACCAGGUGCUUGAGAAAUACGGGUACACCCAUCGUUCUCUUGGGUCCUUCAAGACGCAGCGCAUUCGCAAAGAUUCCCCUGAUCCAUUGGGCUUGCUAGAGGAAACUCUACCCGCGCUGGAGAAACCUCAAAACAGCACCGCCCCUAAACACCAAGCUAAGGAUCUCCUGCAGCAUUGAAGCGACUCGCUGAGCACCUUCACAAUCAAAAACUUUCACUUAGUUUGAGGCGAAUGCCCUAAACAUGACAUACACUAGAUCUUCACGCCAAGGAUAAAAGCGGUUGCUCGUUGUUAUUGCGAUGCUCCAUUCAUGUAUUGCACGUGUUUUCGGGUCGUCAAUUCUAUCCCGAGCCACGGCGAUCGCAGUGCUCUGUAGAUUUGUCGAUAAGCAGAACCGUAAUUUAGCCUGACGCGCUUCGUUGAGAGCUUCCGGCAAGCCAGACCCAGUGCAAUCUGUACAGGACUGUGUACCUUGCGACGAAAUCCACACUCCUCUCGAGGUCUUUCUCACUCCCAACCAUUCUCUGCAAUCCAACAUACUGUAAUUCUUGGGCAAAGGUCCACUUGGGUUUUUGGGUUCCCCUCAUCGAAGAGCAUCUUCUGAGAGGAGUAUUACAAAAUAAAACAACUUGCAUGUGCAGCUCCAGUACGCUCUUCUUCGAUGGAGAUGAUGAUACACACAGAGAUUCUGUGUUCUUCUAA